GGAAUUAUUGCAAGUGCUUAACGUUUCGCGCGUUUUACGUACUUUUUUGCACUUCUCUUUUGCUCUGUGUCCCGUUCCGUCGGUCAUCAACACAGCCGGCAAAGUGUACGCAACAAAAGUGAUAAAAAGCAAUUGAAAUGGAAAUUGAGAAGAGCAUAUAAAUUAAAAUUAAAUAUUUGUAAAUGCUCAAAAAGGUGCCAAGUGCUUAAAAUAUUAUUCUUUUCUUUCCGUUGCCGUCACCAUCUCCCUCGUCGUCUCCUUCGUCGCGUGUGCUGUUUGUGUGUGCGUGUGUUUUUGUGUCGCUCCAAAAUGUGCGAGCUCUAAGAGAAUUCCAAAACAAAACGCGCAGGAAAAUUAACUUGAGGAAUCCAAGAGUCGCACGCAAAACGCGCAGAAAACGCGCCAAAAACGAAACGAAAAUAUGCAGAGAAAUCCAAAAAUGCUGCUGCCUUUUUUGGCGCUUCUGUUAAUGCUGCCCGCGUUGCAGCAAGCAGCGCAGCGUUAUGACCAAACACCGCUGGACGCCAGCUCAUAUUAUCGCAGCGGCGUCGGUUCCGAUUUGGCAGCGGGCACUUCGCCCACCUCCUCGCUGGAUGGUUUUCCACAUCACAAUCGCUGUGAACCCAUCACGAUUUCCAUCUGCAAAAACAUCCCCUACAAUAUGACCAUAAUGCCAAAUCUUAUUGGCCACACCAAGCAGGAGGAGGCUGGUCUUGAGGUGCAUCAGUUUGCGCCGCUCGUCAAGAUUGGUUGCAGUGCCGAUCUGCAGUUGUUCCUCUGCUCUUUGUAUGUGCCCGUCUGCACCAUUUUGGAGCGUCCGAUUCCGCCGUGUCGUUCGCUCUGUGAAUCCGCUCGCGUUUGUGAGAAUCUCAUGAAGACCUACAACUUCAAUUGGCCCGAGAAUCUCGAGUGCUCCAAGUUCCCAGUGCAUGGCGGCGAGGAUUUGUGCGUUGCCGAAAACACAACAUCCUCGUCAUCGACGCCGGCACCAACGCGUAGUGCUCCGAAAGUAACCACGCGCAAACAUCAGAUCAGCGUCGAUAGUCCACAUCGGAAUAUUGGAUUCGUUUGUCCCGUGCAGCUCAAGACACCGCUGGGCAUGGGAUAUGAGCUCAAAGUUGGCGGCAAGGAUCUACAUGAUUGCGGUGCUCCGUGUCAUGCGAUGUUCUUUCCGGAACGGGAACGCACCGUGCUCCGUUAUUGGGUUGGCUCCUGGGCGGCUGUCUGUGUGGCCAGUUGUCUCUUUACGGUGCUCACCUUUCUGAUAGACUCUUCGCGUUUUCGCUAUCCGGAGCGAGCGAUUGUCUUUCUGGCCGUUUGCUAUCUCGUCGUUGGUUGCGCCUAUGUGGCCGGACUUGGUGCGGGCGAUUCGGUGUCGUGCCGGGAACCAUUUCCGCCGCCAGUGAAGCUGGGGCGCCUGCAGAUGAUGUCCACCAUAACCCAGGGUCAUCGGCAGACCACGGCCUGCACCGUAUUAUUCAUGGCAUUGUAUUUCUGUUGCAUGGCCGCCUUUGCGUGGUGGUCAUGUUUGGCCUUUGCCUGGUUCUUGGCUGCCGGACUUAAAUGGGGCCACGAGGCAAUUGAAAAUAAAUCUCAUUUAUUCCAUUUGGUUGCCUGGGCGGUGCCAGCUCUCCAAACCAUCUCGGUGCUUGCUCUGGCUAAAGUUGAAGGCGAUAUACUCUCUGGCGUUUGCUUUGUGGGUCAGCUGGACACACACUCGCUGGGCGGCUUUCUCAUCCUGCCGCUGUGCAUUUACCUCUCGAUCGGAGCGCUCUUUCUACUGGCGGGCUUCAUCUCGCUGUUCCGCAUACGUACAGUGAUGAAGACGGACGGCAAGCGAACGGACAAAUUGGAGCGUCUGAUGCUGCGCAUUGGCUUCUUCUCGGGACUCUUCAUACUGCCCGCUCUGGGACUGUUGGGCUGCUUGUUCUAUGAGUACUACAACUUCGAUGAAUGGAUGAUUCAAUGGCAUCGCGACAUUUGCAAACCCUUCUCCAUACCCUGUCCGGCAGCACGACCGCCGGGAACUCCUGAGGCGCGUCCGAUCUUUCAGAUCUAUAUGGUGAAGUAUCUGUGCUCGAUGCUCGUGGGUGUGACGUCCAGUGUGUGGCUGUAUUCGAGCAAGACCAUGGUCAGCUGGCGCAACUUUGUCGAGCGAUUGCAGGGCAAGGAACCGCGCACUCGACCCCAGGCGUAUGUCUAGUAUGAGACGGCGGCGGUGGCGGCGGCUGAGGCGGCGGCUAACGAGAGUUAUUUGGCGUUUAGCACAUAGAGCACUACGACACAAGAAACAAGAAAAAGAAACAGUCCUCUCCUCUGAGAAAUACGGCUAACCCACCCCCGCAUCCAGAUGCAAUUGAAUCCUCAUACAGCUUUGUAUAAAGUUCAUCUUCUAACUCUUUCGACCGCCUUUCUCGCCCCUCGUCCUCGUUUCGCGCUCAGUUCUCUGGCAACCGCAAGCAAAAUCAAAAGCUAUUGUUUAAUAUUUAGUUAUAACCGAAAGCUGGAGCUCAAUUGCUGGCUUUCUUGUUGAACCAAAACUAUUCGCAUAAGUUUGAGAGAAAGAAAAUUACGAGAGUAGAGUGUAAGAGCAUUGUAAGCAUAGUUUAUUCUAGUAUUCUAGCGCAUUCUAGUUGUUAUCGAGAACCUACUUCCCUAUCCCCCAUCCAUCAACCCCCACAUUCGAAAAUGGUAUACGAAGAAUUUCCCCUUUUCGACUUGCAUUUAAGUAGAAUUUCAUUUGAUUUAUGUGAAAGCUUUAAAUGUGCCCUACAAUUAAUGAGAGACGUACUUAUAAACUAACAUACAAAUAUAUGCAUAGCCACACAUAGAAUACGAUAUAUAAAUAUAUACAAAAGUGUAAAUGCAGAUUGAAUUACUUAAUCCAAAAUCCAGUCAAAUUGCACUACGAACUAAAUGUAAAAUACAAAAUACUUGACGACAAAAAUUAUAAAGCUUAUGGGUAAUUUUCUGGCGAAAAUGUUCCGCACAACAUUAUUUAAAGUGAAAGAAAACAUAUACAAAAACAUAUUUUUAUUUUAAGUAAAGAAACUAAUCUUUUACCUCUUGAUUAGAGCUAAAAAUGACUUUCGAAUUAUUCUUCUGUUUUAAAAUGAUUGCAAAAAUGAACAAAACACAAAAAACUUAACGAAUUUAUGUAUUUCAAUGUAAAACAAAAAAAGUUCCUAAGAGCUAUUAGAAUACCCUUUACUUAUUUUUAAAAUGGUUUCAGUUUAGGUUUUUUUUUCACUUUAAAUAGUGUAGAAUGGGACACUUUCGGCAUUGAAUAAACCAUAUAUAUAAAUCAAGAUAUAACUAACGAAACUACUCCUACGAUAUAUGAUGAAAAUGGUCAAUGAUAAAUGUAUUAUGUAGCAAUAAAUGUCCUCCAUGUGCUAAACUUAAAGCGAAUUAAAAGCAUAAAUUUAGAAGUGUAACUAGAGCUAUAAACUAUGAUAUAAACUAUUGUAUAUUUAUUAUUAUGUAUUGUACGUAUUUGUUACAACUAAUUCAGUUUUAAAGCCAAACGCGUUUUUAUUACAUUUUUAAUGACGUUGUAGUCAUAACACUUAAGAACUCACCCAUCCUUUCCCUACCCCACCUUCCCCUCAACCCUACAUCCAUUGUGAAAAAUUGCAUAACUAAUUAAUUAAGUCAGAUCUACAAUUAAGUGAAAAUAACAAAAAAAAAAACAAAACUGCCAUUUUAAACAUGUGUU